GGGCGCCCGCGACGUCGGCGGCGGUGGCGCGCGGCGGCGGUGACGGAGGUGGUGGCGGCCGGGUCCGCGGCUUCGGGUCGAGCCCCACGGCCCGCCCCCCCUUCCGUCGGCCGCCACUCCGCUGACCCCCGCCCCCCUCCCCUUUGCACCUCUCCUGCGCCCGGCCGUCUCUGUCCGCGCUCGCGCGGUGGGGUGCGGGUGUGCGCAGGCGCGGCGGGGGCGCUUCGCCCCGUUGGGUGGGCGGCAGAGCCCGGGAGCGCGCGGGCGAGACCAUGGCGGGCAGCGGCGCGGGGGGCGGUGGUGUCGGGGAGACGAAGGUGAUUUACCACCUGGAUGAAGAAGAGACUCCCUACCUGGUGAAGAUCCCCGUUCCCGCCGAGCGCAUCACCCUCGGCGAUUUCAAGAGCGUCCUGCAGCGGCCCGCGGGCGCUAAGUACUUUUUCAAGUCUAUGGAUCAGGAUUUCGGGGUGGUGAAGGAGGAGAUUUCGGAUGACAACGCCCGCCUUCCCUGCUUCAACGGAAGGGUGGUGUCCUGGCUAGUGUCAUCAGAUAACCCCCAACCCGAGAUGCCUCCCCCAGCCCAUGAGCCUCGGACAGAACUGGCGCCACCCCCCCCACCAUUACCCCCUUUGCCCCCGGAGAGGACCAGCGGCAUUGGGGACUCCAGGCCUCCAUCCUUCCACCCUAAUGUGUCCAGCAGCCGGGAAAACCUGGAGCCUGAGACAGAAACGGAGUCGGUUGUGUCUCUGCGGCGGGAGCGGCCUCGCAGGAGAGACAGCAGUGAGCAUGGCGCGGGGGGCCACAGGCCCAGUGGCCCCUCCAGGCUGGAGCGCCACCUGGCUGGGUACGAGAGCUCCUCCACCCUCAUGACCAGCGAGCUGGAGAGCACCAGCCUGGGAGACUCAGACGAGGAUGACACCAUGAGCAGGUUCAGCAGCUCCACGGAGCAGAGCAGCGCCUCCCGCCUCCUCAAGCGCCACCGGCGGCGGAGGAAACAGCGGCCACCCCGCCUGGAGAGGGCCUCGUCCUUCAGCAGCGUCACCGACUCCACCAUGUCGCUCAACAUCAUCACGGUCACGCUGAACAUGGAGAAGUACAACUUCCUGGGCAUCUCCAUCGUGGGCCAGAGCAACGAGCGGGGCGACGGCGGCAUCUACAUCGGCUCCAUCAUGAAGGGGGGUGCCGUGGCGGCUGACGGGCGCAUCGAGCCGGGCGACAUGCUGCUGCAGGUGAAUGACAUGAACUUCGAGAACAUGAGCAACGACGACGCAGUGCGGGUGCUGCGGGACAUCGUGCACAAGCCAGGCCCCAUUGUGCUGACGGUGGCUAAGUGCUGGGAUCCCUCUCCUCAGGCCUAUUUCACUCUUCCUCGAAAUGAGCCCAUCCAGCCCAUCGACCCCGCUGCCUGGGUGUCUCACUCUGCUGCGCUGACUGGCACCUUCCCAGCCUAUCCCGGCUCCUCGUCCAUGAGCACCAUGACAUCGGGGUCCUCUCUGCCUGAGGGCUGUGAGGGCCGGGGUCUCUCCAUCCACACGGACAUGGCGUCUGUGACCAAGGCUAUGGCGGCCCCAGAGUCCGGGCUGGAAGUUCGGGACCGCAUGUGGCUCAAGAUCACUAUCCCUAAUGCUUUUCUGGGCUCGGACGUGGUGGACUGGCUCUACCAUCACGUGGAAGGCUUUCCUGAGCGGCGGGAGGCCCGCAAGUACGCCAGUGGGCUGCUCAAGGCGGGUCUCAUCCGACACACCGUGAACAAGAUCACCUUCUCCGAGCAGUGCUAUUACGUCUUCGGGGACCUCAGCGGCGGCUGUGAGAGCUACCUUGUCAACUUGUCUCUGAAUGACAAUGAUGGUUCCAGCGGGGCGUCGGACCAGGACACCUUGGCUCCUCUGCCUGGGGCGACCCCCUGGCCCCUGCUGCCCACCUUCUCAUACCAGUACCCGGCCCCGCACCCAUACAGCCCCCAGCCGCCACCCUACCACGAGCUCUCGUCCUACACCUACGGGGGCGGCAGUGCCAGCAGCCAGCACAGCGAGGGGAGCCGGAGCAGUGGGUCAACGCGCAGCGAUGGGGGGGCAGGGCGUACAGGGAGGCCUGAGGAGCGGGCCCCAGAGUCCAAGUCCGGCAGUGGCAGUGAGUCUGAGCCCUCCAGCCGUGGGGGCAGCCUCCGGCGGGGCGGGGAUCCAGGCGGGGCUGAUGGGGGCCCUCCCCCUUCCAGAGGCUCGUCAGGGGGUGCUCCCAAUCUCCGAGCCCACCCUGGCCUCCAUCCCUACGGACCGCCCCCCGGGAUGGCCCUCCCCUACAAUCCCAUGAUGGUGGUCAUGAUGCCGCCGCCUCCACCCCCUGUCCCUCCAGCCGUGCAGCCCCCCGGGGCCCCUCCAGUCAGAGACCUGGGCUCUGUGCCCCCAGAACUGACGGCGAGCCGCCAAAGCUUCCACAUGGCCAUGGGCAACCCCAGUGAGUUCUUUGUGGACGUUAUGUAGAGUGCACAGCAGGGGCGUGUCGAUCUCUUCCUUUGGCCUGUACUUGGUGCUUCUGUCCGUCCUGUGCCCUCCGAGGGGCUUGCCACUGUGACUCUCACCGGCAGUGCCUGGUCCCUCCCCUUCCCUCGGGGGUGUACAAGGGAUCUUUGGUUAUUUUUAGCUUUACUGUUUUUGUAAGCCUUUGGGCGGGGUUGAAAUAGACGUUCGUACGUUUUUUGACUAUUUUUUUAGUAGACACUUCCCUUUUUAUAUGAAGAAUCCCUGUCUCCUGGGUCCCUUCUUCUAACCCCAAAAUGUGAUCUCCUGCUCUGCCCGCCCUGUCCACUGUGUCCUGUGUAGGGCGGGAGGCGGGCAGUGGUACCCUGGGAGGAGGAAGGGGGUGGGCACCCUAGCCAGCAGUCAGAGGAAGCUGGGGUGUUUGGUAUUGGGGGCCCACGUAGCUGCUUUUGUUACUCUAUUUAUUUAGUCACUUGUAUAAAACAAAAUAAAGCAAAAGGGGCAAACUC